AUGGCCGAUAUGAGCGGCGAGCAGAUGCAGGCCAAGAUUACCGCGGCCCGGCGCGAAGCUGAAGGCUUGAAGGAUAAGAUCAAGCGCAGAAAGGAUGAGUUAGCCGACACGAACCUCCGUCAAGUCGCGCAAAACCAGACCGAAACAUUACCCCGUAUUGGAAUGAAACCUCGUCGGACACUGAAGGGUCACUUGGCCAAGAUCUACGCCAUGAACUGGUCUACCGACCGUCGCCAUCUCGUCUCUGCGUCGCAAGAUGGCAAGCUCAUCAUCUGGGACGCCUACACCACGAACAAGGUCCACGCCAUCCCGUUGCGCUCCUCGUGGGUCAUGACCUGCGCCUACGCCCCCAGUGGGAACUACGUCGCCUGCGGUGGUCUGGAUAACAUUUGCUCCAUCUACAACCUUUCCUCCCGCGAGGGUCCCACCCGUGUCGCGCGCGAGCUCUCUGGUCACUCGGGCUACCUGUCCUGCUGCCGCUUCAUCAACGAUCGCCGCAUCAUCACUUCGUCCGGCGACAUGACCUGUAUGCUGUGGGAUAUCGAGACGGGCUCCAAGGUGACCGAAUUCGCCGACCACCUCGGCGAUGUCAUGUCGAUCAGCAUCAACCCGACCAACCAGAACAUCUUCGUCUCCGGUGCUUGCGAUGCGUUCGCCAAGCUGUGGGAUAUCCGUACCGGCAAGGCCGUGCAGACCUUCUCCGGACACGAGUCGGAUAUCAACGCGGUCCAAUUCUUCCCCGACGGAAAUGCCUUUGGUACUGGUUCCGACGACACCUCGUGCCGUCUCUUCGACAUUCGCGCCGACCGGGAACUCAACACCUACCAGAGCGACCAAAUAUUGUGUGGUAUUACGUCGGUUGCUUUCUCUGUCUCUGGCAGAUUGCUGUUUGCGGGUUAUGAUGACUUUGAGUGCAAGGUGUGGGAUGUACUCCGAGGAGACAAGGUGGGCUCGCUGAGCGGCCACGAGAACCGCGUAAGCUGCCUGGGCGUCAGCAACGAUGGCAUCAGUCUGUGCACUGGGUCUUGGGACUCUUUGCUCAAGAUCUGGGCCUGGUAA